CUUGUCUUCCUGAAAUAGGUAGAAACAGAUGACCAAAUAGCCCUCCUUAGUAAGCCCAGGAAUAAAGGAGGAAACAGUGAUCUGGCAUCAGCUGGGUUUAACAUUAUUAAUUCAAUCAUAGGAUCAGGCAUUAUAGGAUUGCCAUAUUCGAUGAAGGAAGCUGGUUUCCCUCUAGGAAUACUGCUUUUGUUUGUGGUUGCCUUAAUCACAGAUUAUUCCAUUAUAUUACUGAUCAAAGGAGGAAAUCUGUCCCGUACCAAAACCUAUCAAGAGCUGGUCAAAAAAACGUAUGGUCUUGUAGGUUAUCUAAUCCUUUCAAUUCUCCAGUUUUUAUAUCCAUUUAUUGCUAUGAUCAGUUACAACAUAAUAACAGGAGACACUUUAACUAAAGUUUUUCAGAGAAUUCCUGGAGUUGGGGUGGAUAACAUGCUUACCGACCGUCACUUCAUAAUUCUUCUUACCACCGUCAUCUUUACCUUACCUAUAUCUUUAUAUCGAGACAUAGCAAAAUUGGGAAAGGUAUCUCUUCUUUCUCUGAUUCUAACCAUUGUCAUCAUGGUUGUUGUGAUGGUGAGAACAGUAACCUUCAGUCCACAAGUACCCAAAUCAGAAAACGCAUGGAUAUUUGCAAAACCAAAUGCAGUACAAGCCAUUGGGGUGAUGUCAUUUGCAUUCAUCUGCCAUCAUAACAGCUUUUUAAUAUAUGGGUCUCUAGAAGAACCCACAUUAAAGAAUUGGUCUCAAGUCACACAUAUGUCCGUGGCCCUUGCUCUUAUCAUCAGUGUAGUGUUUGCUGCCUGUGGAUAUAUGACUUUUACAGGAUACACAGAAGGAGAUAUAUUUGAAAACUACUGUAGAGAUGACAACCUUGCUACAUUUGGAAGGUUUUGUUAUGGAGUCACUGUAAUUCUGACCUUCCCCCUUGAAUGUUUUGUGACCAGAGAGGUGAUUGCCAAUGUGUUUUUCCAUGGGAACCUCUCAACAGUUUUCCAUAUUGUUGUGACAGUAGUUAUCAUUGCUGUGGCGACUGCUGUAUCAUUAGUGUAUGAUUGCCUUGGAAUAGUUUUAGAGCUGAAUGGAGUUUUGAGUGCUACCCCACUUGUUUUUAUCAUCCCAUCAGCGUGUUAUCUAAGGCUGUCCAAGGAGCGGUGGAACCAUUCAGAUAACCUCAUAUCCUGCCUGAUUCUUGUUCUUGGUGUGCUAGUGAUAGCAGUUGGGUUUGUCAUGACUGUCUUGGAUCCCCAGGAAUGUAGCCAUGGAAAAGAAAUGUUCUACUGCUCCCCUAGUAAUGCUUCUUUACACAACAGCACACUUCCACCGUAGGUACUUAUUUACAUACUUGAUUUUAUGCUGCCAUCCUUUUUCAGGUGAGACUUCAGUUUUAACUGUCGAAACACAAAAUCUCAGAGGUGCCUUUCAGUAGACAUUACUUGAAUAACUUGCAAGCCUACCAAAAAGAUUGCAUUUUUUAACCUUAGUCUACAAUGCUGUUUAAAAGCUAUAAAUUAAAUGUUUUGGAAAACCUUUCCCAUGUUUCAUUGAUUUAACUUAGUUUUUAUUAAUUUUAUAAUUUUUCAUGUGUAUUUAUUAGCACACUAUGGUAUGGGGGUUUUUCAAAGUCCUGAGAAAAAGUAUUUCUGGAUCUCUGUGUACUACAAUUCUGCCAUUAAUUCUUAUUAAUUCUGUCUUUGAUUUUGCAGUGACUGUCCUUUAGAGCUGAAAGCUUCCCUUUUACUGGAUCUUGAGUCAAAGGAAAUUUUGUAUUCUGACUGAACUGUAACAGAUACAAUUUAAUUGUAACUGUUACAAUAUAUGGUCUUGCAAUUGAAAGAUAUUGCACAAAUAAAUCCACAAGAGUGGAUUUCAAAAGAUUCAACUAGGCAGUCUUUGUAAAAAUUUCAAGAUUGUCGAAGAAGGAAACUACAUUGCAGCUCAAUUCUUACAUUUAUAACAUUAUUCAUUAUUUCUGAAACUGAAUUUAAACUAACAUUCUAAACUUGAUUAUCAUUCUAGUCCUUUGUUUCUUUUCAGUAUAUGACUAAUGAUUUUGACAUGGUUUGUCAAAUUUUGGUGAUUUGUUACAUUUUCCAAAAUUUGUCUAACAUCAAGGAUUUAUGUAUAUAUAUAUGUAUGUGUAUAAAUAUACAUAUAUACAUAAGUAUAGAUAAAAAUAGACUCACAUGCCUAUAGAAUAGGACUAAUUUGAGGUUGAGUAAUAUGAGUAUCCUCAGUCAUAUCAAUGCUGUAAUUUUGAAAAUGUUUUGUUACCGAAUCAAAAUGUGUACUUGAGUUAAUUUUUGCAUUAUUGUGAUCCUUGUGGUUCUUCAUGCCAGCUAGAUGUGUAAUGCUACUUCAUUUUCAUGGUGCUUAAUGAGGAUGGAUUUUGUCUUCAUCUUGCAUGACAAAGCUAUGUCAUUCAAGACUUCCAGCUAAACAAAUGUGUAAGCAAUGGUCACUAAAUGAUGGUAAGACUUGUACCAUCACUCGUAAGAAUAACACACUUUUAAAAAGUAGUGCUUCCAAAAUAAAUACUUUAAAUAUA